AUGUCUCGUGGAGGAACAACUCUCUAUGUUACUGGCUUCGGACCCGGCACUCGAGCUCGCGACCUUGCCUACGAAUUCGAACGCUAUGGUCGUCUUGUCCGCUGCGAUAUUCCAGCACCUCGUACCGCCCAAAGCCGCCUCAGGUUUGCAUUUGUUGAGUACGAGAGCCGCCGUGAUGCCGAUGAUGCCUACCACGAGAUGCACAACAAACGCCUUGCUCGCGAUGAUCUGUUGAAAAUUGAGUGGGCCCGUACUCCUCCAUCUGCUUCCUGGCGCUUCGAUACUGGCCGUGAGCGUGAACGUGCUCCAGCUGGACGUCGUUCCUCUCCUCGCCGUGGCGGCCGUUCCCCAUCCCCUCGCCGUGGCCGUGGGGACUACUCUCCACGUAAAGACGACCGCCGUGACCGAGAAUACGACCGCCGUGACCGGGACCGCUCUCGUAGCCCAGAGGAUAGGGACCGUGAUGUGAAGGACGACCAUGAUCGUGAGGAGGGUCGCGAAAAUGGCACCAACGGAGACGAUAGGAAAGGUGAAUUUGAACUUCCAAGUCGUCACAAGAACUAA